AUAGACUUUUCCAAAAUGUGCAAUUCAAAUCAAGACUAUUACUUGAAGCUAGAAGAGCUGAAGAAUGCCCACUUGGAGACCAUGGCAAAAUUAGAAAGUAUGUAUCGGAACAAACUAUAUUUAAAAGGAGUACAACGCUCAGACAAGAAAACCGCUGCCUCUAGUACAUGUUAUAGGCCAACUUGGAAGAAGAGCUCAUAUCAGCCUCUAAACUUGCACAAAUCCUUUUCAGACUCUGACUUAAGUGAUCGCUUAGGCUCAAGUCUAUCUGAUGGGUCUGACAGAGAAUUAGCGUUUGAAGAAAAUGGUAGUGAAACUGGAUCAUCUACAUUUGCUAAGCAACAGAUUGAAAAAAUGUGGGACGGGUUCUCUGUGGAAGACUACAUCUCCCGCACCAAACACAGCUUACCGAGCUCACCAGCCUUCAGAAUGAUACAGAAGAAACAGAAAGAGUGGUCACCAAAAGUCACUGUGCCCAAGCCUUUCCAGAUGACUAUUAGAGAAGCUAGAAAAAAAGAACAGAACAUCAAAUCAAAGUCACAGAUUGAAAUGGAAAAUAACUUAUUGAGGAAACAACUAGAGGAAGAAGCAGAGUGUCAGAAAAAAUUCCGAGCCAAUCCAGUGCCCGCUGCUGUUUUCCUUCCACUCUACCACGAAAUCGUGCAACGAAAUGAAGAACGCAGGAGGUCUGUGAGAGAGAGAAGCAAACUCAAGCUUUUGGCUUCUCAGAAGCCAUUUAAAUUCAUUGAACGAGAGAAGCAAAGGAAUGAAAUUAGGAAAAUGCAAUUAAGAGACCUUUCCACACCUGAAAAGAAAACAAAACUGUUCAAAGCAAAACCAGUUCCUAAAUGUAUUUAUAGUCCAGCUGUUAAUGACAAGCUGAAGGAGGAAGAGCUCUACAGAGGCAUCAGGAUCAGGAUGAGAGCUGAAGAGUUGCUACGCAAUUCAUCUCUACCCAACAGCAGACUGGCUUUAACAAAUGCCAAAAAAAAGAAGAAACACAAGUGCACCGAACCAAAGGAAACAGAACAUACACUCAAGAUCAAAUCAAAUGUUCCAGAUUUUGAACUCCUACACCAGAAAUUUCAGAAACGGCUCCUGCAACAAAAACAAGUGAAACACCUUACAGUCUGUGAACCUUUUGAUCUUCGUACCCCUCAUAUUCCCUCAAACAAGGGGAAGAUUUUGAAGGACAUUCAAGAAGAUGAAGAAAAGUUGAAAGAGACACGCUGGCCAUAUGCCUCUCCAAGACGUAAACCUCAGAUGAGACAUUCAAGUGCAAAGUCCCAUCUCUUGGGAUUUGGAGCAUCUAAAUCACCAAAAAUCACAGCAUCCACAAGACAACGGCUACAAGCUGUAAGGAAUUCACUUGAGGAAAAGAAAAAGCUGGAAGAACAACAAAAAAGGAACAGAACAAAGCAGAGACAAAGAACGAAAAAACUCCAGAAAAUUGUAACAGCUCGGGCUGAGGCCAAUGACCCACAUCAGAGCCUAGCUCAGGUGUCUAAAUCCAAAUUAAAAACAUUCAGGGAUUAUGAGAAGCAGAGAAUGCAAGAAUAUUUGCAAGAGUUGCAAGAAAUGGAAGAAAGAGUAAAACAAAGGCCGUUGCUUUUUGAAAGAGUCACUCAGAAAAAUGCCAGAAUAGCUGCAGAAAAGCAUUACUCUAACAGACUGAGAGCACUGGGGAUAUGCCCAGAGUUUGUUUCAAAGAAAGGACAGACUACUAAAUUACUACAAUGCUCCAGCGCUGAAGAUUUUAACUCCACUGAUGCCAGAGAAAGAGUCAUCAAGGAUAAAGUGAAAGAAAGAGAAUCCUUUGAGGAAGCAGCUGACAGCAGUCCUUGGUCUGAGCAGUCUUGUGAGGAGGACGAGGGAGAGAAGAGAAAAGGUGUCAAACCCUCCACCUGGGACGGCCAGUCCAGUGAGCUGGAGGAGGAGGAAGAGGCAAGAGCCAGCCCUCGUGCCCAUCAGCCUUGCCAUGCAGGGGAGGAUGGGUCCAGCCCCACCUCUGACCAGCACCGUGAAGAGGACGAGGAAGAAGAAGAGAAAGCAAAGGCAGACCUGCUGCUGGGCCAUUCCCAGGAGGAGGAAGAGGAAUAUGAUGUUCAGUCAAGACCCAGCUCUCGGUCUGACCAGUGCCAUGAGCGUGAAGAGGAGGGUCAGUCUGGCCCUGAAGCUGAAGGUACCUUCGGAUAUGAGGAUGAGGGAUAUGAAAACGAGGAUUCAGAAGAGAAACCCAGCGAUGAAGAUGACGACUGA